GUCUCGUACCUUCUUCUCUCUUCAUUCCAAAGCUCCUUAAACGGCCCUACCAAGUUCCAACGCGAAGAAUCAGUGGUGGUGCAACGCGUUGAUUCCGGUGGACAAAAUUGUGAACUUUCUUGUGCAUAGGCUCCGUUUAAAUUAAUCCUUCAAUCCUCGUCGUCUUACACCCGAAUUUGAUCCAGUAUGGCCCAUCAGAGUCACGCGCGGCCGACGAGAAAAUCUACCGGAUAUAGCACCCAGAGUAGCUUGCUGUUGCCUGACCAAUCUUCAGAGUGGCAAAGCACUCCUCGUCACAGUGCCAUUACCACCCAGACCGACUCUAAGAACCGGCUUCAGCUGUUUCAGAUUCAGCACAAAGAUCUGAUUCACGACCGACCCACUGCUCAAACCCACCAAAGGCACAGCAGGCUCGGUCGAUCUCCACGGGCCGCUGUCAUCCUCCCUCGUCAACUGACCAACUCCUAUCCAUCAACAAAUUACCCCGCCUUUCAAAAGCCAAACCAGAAUGACUUGGGUCAAUCUUCUUCAAUGUCCGGCCAAUCACCGUCAUACUCCGGUCCGCCCCAAGUACACUCCGGUCCUGUUCCGGUAAACCCCGAUGCAGUCCCUGCAAACGCUGGCACAACACCGGGAAACACCGGUUCAGCAUCAGCAAACACUGGCUCAGUACCAGCAAAUACCAGUCCAGCAUCAGCAUAUGUCGGUCCAUCACCAGCAAACACCGGUCCAGCACCAACAUACCCUGUGCAGGCGCCCUCAGCAGGUGGGGCAGUGACACCGCCGCCUGCCGGAGUCAUCAACUCAUCUCCUGGUGGAGACCAGCCACCACCUGCCCAUCCGGCACCCAGCGCAUCUGCACCACCUCCACCCCCCGAGCCACACCACCCACCGCCUCAAGCUAAUCAGGCAACCGCUCCCGCUCCAGCGCCCGCUCCACCAGAGACAGGAGUCUCUGCAGCAAGCUCCGCACCGCCUUCUACAGCCAGUUCUCCAGCGGCCGCGGCGACUCCGCCUCAGACAGCUGACGACUACCAUCCCACCUCUUCGCCGGUCCCUCAUCAUCCUUUCAACCUAUCUAAUUCAUCAAUCGUUGUUGCUGUUCCCAGCCACGUUCCAUCUGCCAAUCUACCAGACUCCAACCCACAGACUACCAACGGGACCCAUAGUGAAAUCCAUCACAAGGCUGAUGACUCAACUUCAGCGGCACCCAUAGUCCUCGCCGUUGUGUUGCCUAUUGCACUCGUCCUUCUAGGAGCAGCAAUAAUUACCUACCGGUUGUUGAGGAGGGGGCGUCGAGGCCAUGCUCACAAUAGGACUUCCUAUGAUAGCCAGCUAAUCGGCUCAGUGGAUCCACAACAUCAGAUGGAAAAUAUGUCUGAGAAGCACAGGUUUUCGAGUUACUUGAAAUCUUCUUACACUCAGAUGGACGAUGACCUGAGCAAUUUUGCAUUACGGAGAGAGGAGUCCAGACCCGGUCCAACGCUACCGCCAUUUGCUGCACCUUCUCCGCCACGCCCUAGUACUACAUCAGUCCGCGCUCAUGCUCACGACUCCAACACCUCUGACCCAGGCAAUACGACCGGCGACAGUCUUAAGGGAGGGGUCGCCUGUAAAAUGAAUUGCACAGUUACCCGGACGUUUUCUCCGACAAUGCCGGAUGAGCUGAAGAUUGGUAUUGGGGAUCGAGUGACAGUCUUCAUGCUCUUUGACGACGGCUGGUGUCUAGGAGAAAACUUGGAUUUCGAGAAACAUCCAGGGGCUGAAGGAAGUUCACGGACGGGUGUAUUGCCACAAGACUGCUUGUCAGGCAUCAAGCGGACCAGUGCGACCGACACGAGCGAAAAGUCUGGACUAGCUCCGAGCUGGAAAACUGCCGGCGAAGAAGCUCCUAAUACCCCCGCGCGUCCCACAGCCAGCCAAGAGAUCUUAGCCGACCGGAAAUCAGACUCUUCUCAGCCUCCCGAUUCUGUCAACAAACCGCACCGCAAUAGUAGUUUUCUUGGCGAGCGGGAAGCCCAACUCUUCCUCGAAUUGGAUCAUGCGCUUUCGUUCUCUUGAUGAGCUUUGUGGGAUUGGUAAAAACCCCUGACUCUGUGAAAACGGUUCAAUGUUGAGAUGAAUCAACACCAAUCCAUUCAAAAGCUGAUUUGUAUUCACCUCUCUUUCAACCCUUAUCUAUCGUGUCCCACUUAACCUUCUGGAAAUCUCCCCACCUGAACUGGUCGUCCUAAGAAUCUUAAUACCUCUUCAAAUAAUACGCUCCUUGCUCUUUUCCCUGAACCGUCCUCGGCCAAGCGGCGUUCCAUCACCAGGGACGACUGGCACACCUCACAAUCCAAUCUUCUAAGCACUCCAUAAGCUCUCUUUUCCAUGUUUCAUGUAUUUCGUUUCGGCAGUCCUUCCAGCCUCGAUGCAACUUUUUAUUCUUGGAACACCUUCCCUUCUUUUGCCCAACCUAAAUACAUUAGCUGUAAAAAUGGGAUGAGAGAGCGUGAUCUUAAUUCCUCAUUUUGUUUUCUGCUUGUGCUAUCUAUCUCGUGCCCCCUAUGACUGUUGAAACUAAAAGCGAUGGGGGGAAGGAACCGGCUAGGCUAUGUUCAUUCCUUUCCUGCUAAACUCGAUGUUCCCCCCUCCCGCACAAACCUGCAUGGCCAUUCUCCAUAUCAAUUAUCUCCCUAUUGCGUUGUAUUGUCAAACAACUUGUGUUGCUACCUAUACGUUCUUUUAUGCAUUCACAAUCCACUCGUUUCAUGUCGUCUUCUAGGUUUCUCUCAGUCGUUCUUGUAAAUUGUAAGUUUUCUAUUUCCAUUUGCCGGUUUUAUCGUACUUUCAAAAACCCCUCUACUAUGUUCCUCAAGCCGUUCCUGCAGCGUGAGCUUUGAAACCCACCUCUUUCUUGGUAAAAGCCACCUUCCACUUGGUAAAAGCCACCUUCCACUU